CAUGGUAGGGGUUCAAUCAGUGCUCUCCGGACUGUUUCAGCAGAACAACCUUGCAAGGGAGCUUCACUGGCUUUCUCCUCAAGGUGUCUUCCAACCUACAAACAUAACAGCGGCUGCCACUUAUGUAUUGUGCUAAUGUGUGCGAAGCUGUGGGAUCUGGUGCCUUUUAUGGUAAGAUUGUGGGCCUCAUUUUACAGGAAGGAAACUGAGGCUCAGAGAGACUGGCAGGCCCAAGAUCAGACGCUCAUAUCUAUCUGGCCCCCAAAGGCAGGAUUUUAACAGCUAAGAGUAUGGUCUCAGUUCCACAGGCCCACCCCAGGGCUCCUGAACCACAGCUCGAGGCUGCGUGCCCUCAAACCAGGUCCCUCACUCCUUCAGCCUGAUGCUUUGGGGCAUCUUGCCCGGGAGGCCUUCGGGAGACCUUCCCCCUUUAAUCUGUAUCUCUUGUACUUGUGACUAUCUUGUAAUUUACACUGGCGCCCUCCAUACACAAUCCACAUAUGCCCCAAGGGGCCUCAGAAUAAACAGUGGCGAGGAGAAAAAGCAUUGGCAGGAGGAGCAAUGGACGCAGGCCCCUGGACUGCGAGCAAAGGCGGGAAAAUUCAGAUCCAGCGCUUGCCUGCUGCCCGCAGGGACGCAGUUCCCGGCGCGGCCACCAGAUCGCGCCCGGCUCUAUCGGGCAGGGCUUGCAGUAAGGCUGUGUGGCCGCCAGAUGAUGCCCGAGACCACUGCUCCGCGGGCAGUGCCCAGACAAGGUGGAGCCCGGCGGGCCCGCGAAUCCGAGACGUGUCCCAGGAGCUCCAGCGCACGUGACCUGCCAUUGCCUCCCGCCGCCUCCUGUCCGCGCCAUGACCCAGCCGGUGCCCCGGCUCUCCGUGCCCGCCGCGCUGGCCCUGGGCUCAGCCGCGCUGGGCGCGGCCUUCGCCACUGGCCUCUUCCUGGGCGGUGCCCCCCAUGGCGAGGCCGGCGAGAGCAGUGCCUUCUUCCUCCCGAGGACAGCCCGCUGUGGCAGUAUCUUCUGAGCCGCUCCAUGCGGGAGCACCCGGCGCUGCGAAGCCUGAGGCUGCUGACCCUGGAGCAGCCGCAGGGGGAUUCCAUGAUGACCUGCGAGCAGGCCCAGCUCUUGGCCAACCUGGCGCGGCUCAUCCAGGCCAAGAAGGCGCUGGACCUGGGCACCUUCACGGGCUACUCUGCCCUGGCCCUAGCCCUGGCGCUGCCGGCAGACGGGCGCGUGGUGACCUGCGAGGUGGAAGCGCAGCCCCCGGAGCUGGGGCGGCCCCUGUGGAGGCAGGCCGAGGCGGAGCACAAGAUCGACCUCCGGCUGAAGCCCGCCCUGCAGACCCUGGACGAACUGCUGGCGGCGGGCGAGGCCGGCACCUUCGACGUGGCCGUGGUGGAUGCGGACAAGGAGAACUGCGCUGCCUACUACGAGCGCUGCCUGCAGCUGCUGCGACCCGGAGGCAUCCUCGCCGUCCUCAGAGUCCUGUGGCGCGGGAAGGUGCUGCAACCUCCGAAAGGGGACGUGGCGGCCGAGUGUGUGCGAAACCUAAACGAACGCAUCCGGCGGGACGUCAGGGUCUACAUCAGCCUCCUGCCCCUGGGCGAUGGCCUCACCUUGGCCUUCAAGAUCUAGGGCUGGCCCCUAGUGAGCGAGGGAGGGUUGCCUGGGAACCCCAGGAAUUGACCCUGAGUUUUAAAUUCGAAAAUAAAGUGGGGCUGGGACACACGA